UCAAGAUGCUACUCGAGCAACAACUUGUAAAUGGCAUUGCUUACAUCCAUAGAAACAAUGUCAUACAUCGCGAUUUAAAACCUGAUAAUAUCUUGGUAUCAGAACAUGGAAUGCAAUUAAAAGUAAUAGAUUUUGGAUUAAGCAAAGAAAUGAAACCCGGUCAUUCUGUCACCAAAGCGAGCGCUUUAGGCAUUGGUACAGAUGGUUGGAGAGCCCCAGAGACAUACAGUGACAAUGUCAUAUCCAAACAAGCCGACGUAUUUUCACUGGCCCUUGUGAUACAUUUCAUUGAAACUGAUGGGAGUCACCCAUUUGGUGAUAACCCUGUUGGAUGGAGUUACCUUAUAAUGCAAAAUCAAGGUUGUGACCUGAGCAAACUUGGAAGUGAGAUGAGGGAUUUAGUCGGCUGGAUGCUUCGCCGAAUUCCAAGAGAGCGACCUACUUUGGAUCAAAUCCAACAGCAUAAAUGCUUUGGUAGGGAACUGGUUUGCCCAUUUCCAAAUCUAGGCUUCGACCAACCUCAGACAGUGGAAAAACUUAAACAACAGAAAGAUGAAGCAGAGAAAGAAAGCAAGAAUUAGAAAGGACCAGACAACAAUUAGAGAAGAUGAUGCGUCAACAAUCACAAGAGAUGGAAGACACGAAGAAAGAAAAUAAGGAAUUGAAGCAAAAGAUAAAAGAAUUUCCGUCCUCAAGUAAAGUUGCUUCAUCAGGCCUAGGAAUCAUCCAUCAACAACCACCUGAUGGAAGAAUGUCAGUGAAAACGUUGGAUCAAUCGCUGCCAGGAUAUGGAGAGUUGUACACUUUUGUCAUCACCUACUCUUUCCCUGCUGGAAGUCUGAAUGGUGUUUCAUAUGAGGCGAAGGAAUUCACCGAAUAUUUGCCUGCAGUGGGCUACUUUAAAAACAUGCUCACGAAAGCUUUCAAUGCAGGAUUGCUCUUCAAGAUUCAGAUAAUUAAAAGCAAUAGAGGAGAGAUAAUAUGGAAUGAUGAAAUUCCUCAUAAGACCAACAAAUAUGGAGGUCCAGAAAACAACGGAUAUCCUGAUGAUGGCCAUAGCAAAAAACUUCGUGAAGCAUUGAUGGCGAAAUUAAAGUUAGCAGGAAUCAGAUUAUAACAAGAACAAUGGACAUUGUACACAAACAGUAUUAUAUUUAAAACUCGUUCAUUAUAUUGAUACUGUCGGACAUUUUAGCAGUAAAGGAUAAUAUAGGCCACUCACUGAAUAUUAGGAGGUUCCAUGAACUGCAAUUCAGUCUUUCAUGUUUGAAAACAACUUUAUUCUGUUAAUUGGAGAAUCAUAAAGAAUUGUAUUUGGCAAUGAUUAUGCAAAUACGGCUGAAUCUUCAACAAACCAACAUUUUCUAUUUUUAUAAACUUUGUCAAAUUUUCUCUUUUUCCUUGUAAUGUUAAUCAAAUCCAGGGUAAUUAUGCAUGUACAUUUAGUAUUUGCUUACAUACUUUUUAUUCUUAUCUAUUGUAUAAUAUUUCAUUUAAAUUUCUUCAAUCUCUCUAUUCAACCAAUUUCAUAAUGUAAUUUUCGUGUGCUAUAGCACUUGUUAUUUUUUUCUGACACAUUCGUCGAUGUUACACAAACUAUGGAGUCGAAAUAAAAACCUAAAUUCCAUAUUUACUGCUUCUUCAGAAUUACUUUUCUCAAAGUUCACAUAUUUUAAUUUGCAGUAUGUCCAAUUUUGUCUUCACUAUUUAUCCGAUCUGUUUUAUCUUUCUUUUACAAUUAUGCAAAGAGAAAAUGAAAAUUUUAAUACUUCUCCAAGUAAUAUAAGUGAAACAAAAGAGGCUCUUUGCAAGGUACCACAUUGCUAUGCAGCAAUUAUGCAAAGGGAAAAGGGAUUUUCCAAUACUUUUCCAUGUAAUUUAAACUAAAGAGGCUCUUUACUCGCUCUUUGCAAGCAGCCACUCAAGGUACAUUUGCUUUUAUUUUUAACAUAUCACCCAUUUGUUUUGCGGGUUUAGAGAGUUGCAAUAAAAACUUAUUGGUACUCAACCAAGAUGGCCAACACCAGAACGUAGUAUGUGUACCAUAUCAUAUUUUAGUUCUAUUAAGAGUUCGGGGACUAGCCAAGUGACUCUCGUAGUAUUUGUACCUGAAAUUAUGGCUUAAUCUGGUACACAUACUACGUUCCGGUGUCCGCCAUAAUGGUUCACAUACUUGGAGUGCCAACUUAUUUAUAUAGUGAGCAGUCUGUCAUCGGCCUGGUGGCCAAUCUAAAUAUGAAAGAGAUUAAAUGAGCAAAUGUAUCAUAAACUUGGCGGAGGAAGCUGUAACUAAUCACAGAAUAUACGACCAUAUUAGCGUUCAUUAGCUUUUUCUAUGUUUUAUUCUGUAAUAUGAUAUGCUUUAUUUUAUAUCUAUCGUUAUAUAAUUGCUAGAAUAUGCAAUUCAAAUGGUCCACUGAUUAUAUUUAUGUGAUAUUUUCAUGCACCUUUUUUGGCCAUGAUUGGAGUGAGUUUAUUGUUUAAGAUGUGUAUAUGACUUUAUUUUGCAUAAAGAGAGAUUCAUAAUCAUUUUUCCAAUCACUUAUUAUUUUAAUUUUUUAUCAUGGUUCAGCAAUAUACAUUGAUUUUUAUAUUUCUUGCUAUCAAUUUCAUAUUUAUCUUGCUGGCAACAAAUAAUUAAUCAGAUAUUCCUUUUGAUCAAUUCUAUCUCUUAUUUCAGUGUUGUUGACUAUAUAAUUCAAAUAUGCAAUUUUUCAAAGAAAUGCACUUUAUAUAUACCAGCACUCAUAAUUAUUUUAUUUAUUCCAUUCAUUUGAAUCUUUAUGUUGCGAGUCACUUGUACAUAAUACAUGGAUAAAUCUGUUAUGUGUCAUAGGUCGAUUUAUCAACUCUGUCUAUCUGUAGUAGAUUGAGUAAUUCUAAACAUUAGUAUUUUUCAAUGUUAUAAUGUUAAUUUCCUAUAUGUUUUUUUUAAUUUUUUUUUAUAGUAAUUCAUAUUUUGACAAUUCCUAUGAAUUUUAAUUCUAAAAAGCUAAAGUUCAUUCAUAAUACUAAACUAACUUCUUAUGCAAUCACAGUUUCAAAGCAAUUUUAUGCAUAAUGUACCCUUUUCAUCAGAAAUUUACAUUACUUAUUUUAAGUAUUUAAUUAUUUCUACCUAAUUGUCCCUAAUUUGCCAUGUAUGGUGUGUAUUUUAGUUUGGUAGUUUUUGAAAUAUUGUUUAUUUGAGUUCAUUUUUUCUGUAGAAAUUAAUUGUCAUUAUCAACUGUAAUAUGGGUGCAAAUUUUGUUUUAUAAACAUCAGUCAUUGUGAUUCACUAAAUCCUAGUUAGAGCUGUGUUUUCCAUCUCCGCUGUAGCAUUUUAUAUACAUUUCUGUAUCUGUGUCAAUAAUUUCCUUAUGAUACUUGGAGCCUAUUAAUAACUUCUGAUAUGCAAUUGAAUUACCUUUAAAUGAAUCUAAUAUGUACUUUGUUUUCGAAAGUAUUUGUAAGAUAAAUUUACAUUUCCUCACAAUAUAUACCCGUCAAAAAGGA